AUGGUAGCAGUGUUGGAAGAAUAUACGCUCGCUUUCCCCUCAGCUAAGCUCUGGAGUUUCCUCACUGAAUAUAGGAGCUCAUUUGCGAGUCUGGGUUCACCGGGUGGUGUAAAUGGAGGUGGUGGAACAUCUGUGCGAAGCCUCGUGAGCCAGUCGAAUGCACGUAAAUGGAGUGAGGAACUCUUUGAGGAGAAGAUGGCCAACAGACGGCAAGAGAGAGAACAAUCGACAAGUCGAAUCGUGCGAGGGGAAGAAUCAAUGAGUAGUGAUUUUGGAGGUAUGCCCCCACAGCACCCUAUACGAGGGAAUUUGACUUAUCCUAACAUCCCUCGAGAUGCUUCUGGGGAGGGCUCCUCUCCUGGAGAAUGGCAGGGCCAUUCACCGAUGCCAUCAUCAUUGCCUCCGACAGUGCCACUGGCUUCUAGGAGUCCGAUAUCGAGGAGACCUGCGAGGUCACCAGCUUCAUUUCGAAGAUCACAAACGGCAUCUAAUUUUAUGCCCAGUCCUCGCUCUCGAGUCCCUUUGCCAUCACCGCGAUCGGGUAUGCCCCUUAAAAAAGUACCGGCGCGGACUGCGAUGUAG